AUGACAGAAGAUGAGAAUGCUUCUAGCAAAGAAGCACGGAUCAGGCAACUGUUCGAGGAGCUGGAUGUUGAGGGUAAAAAUGUAAUCGACGCUGAGAAUCUCGCUGAUUUCAUGGUUGAACGGUAUCAGGACUUUGACGGGUUAGACGAUGCUGUGAAUCAGUUAUUAGAAGCCAUGAUUCAAUGUGGAGACGAAAAAGACAAUAACAAUGCAAAUGCUGAUAUCAUAAACCGUGCUGGUACUGGAAGCAGUCCAACCGGUGGCUCCAGUAAUGCCAUUAACGCCAAUUCCAACAACAUUGAAAGUGCUAAUGUCAGUACUAGCGGAAGUGGCACAAGCACUAUUACUAUACAUCCACAAACAACCGGUCCAGACGCUACACCAUCAUACCCGUAUCCCCUGGAAAAAAUCACUUAUGCAUCAUUUAAAAACUAUGUCAACACUACCGAAGCACUUCUAGAAAAGUCGUUCAAAAACCUAGAUUCUAAUAACGAUGGGUUAUUGGGGAUCGAGGACCUAAAAAGAGGUUUCGAAUCACUUAAUGACGCCGAUUUCGAAAUCGAUGAUGAGAAAUUAGAAGUAUUAUUCAAUGCUAUAGACUCGGAUGACGACGGUUAUAUAUCACUGGACGACUGGAAAGAGCAACUGACAUUUAUUCCUAAAUUCGAUCUUCACGAGUCUCCUCUGAAAUCUGCAUAUAUGUUCUUCAUUGAAGAACUGGAUCUUUCUUCUGAAGGUGAUGUUUUACUUAAUAGUGAAUCAUCCAACGGCAUUGGAUACUUUUUGGCUGGUGGAUUGGCUGGUGUAGUAUCAAGAACCUGUACAGCUCCGUUUGAUCGGUUAAAAGUAUACCUGAUUGCCACUAGUGGAGCACCUCCAGCAGCCAAAUCAGCAGCAACUGCUGCCACGGCACAAGCUGCGAAAGAAACAGUGUUAAAAGCAGCAUCUUCAUCAGCAGGUAAAUCAUUAUUGAAAGGAGGGAAAAAUAUCCCCAUUUCUCCACAGGGCAGUCCACUGAUAGCAGCUUUGAAACAUCUGUGGGCACAAGGAGGCAUUCGGGCAUUUUUCGUAGGUAACGGAUUGAAUGUGGUCAAAGUAUUCCCCGAGUCGGCGAUGAAAUUCGGUACAUUUGAAGCAGCCAAGCGGUUGUUUGCACAAAUUGAGGGUGUUUCUGAUCCCUCGGAGCUCUCUCGUCUGUCAACAUUUGUAUCUGGAGGAUUAGGAGGAAUGGCCGCUCAAUUGACUGUGUAUCCUAUCGACACAUUGAAAUUUCGAGUGCAAUGUUCAGCCCAGUUUUCGCCUUUACGAGGUAACCAGCUGUUGCUUCAGACUGUCAGAAACACUUUGUCGGAAGGAGGCAUCGGUAUUUUCUACCGCGGACUGCAUGUUGGAGUGCUUGGAAUCUUUCCAUUUGCCGCUCUAGAUCUCGGUAUAUUCUCUGCUAUGAAGAAAGCAUAUAUCAACAACCAAGCCACGAAACUCAAUGUUGACCCCAGCGAAGUGAAACCCGCGAACAUUAUCGUUCUCACCAUGGGAGCCCUCAGUGGCAGUCUUGGAGCGUCUGCCGUGUACCCGGUGAACCUUCUCCGAACGAGAUUACAAGCACAGGGCACUGCAGCGCACCCGUACCACUACAAAGGCUUCCGAGACGUGUUACGAAAAACAGUGGAACGAGACGGAUACCGGGGCCUGUUCCGCGGACUCGGACCCAAUCUAGCCAAGGUCGCUCCGGCCGUCAGCAUCAGCUAUCUCGUCUACGAAAAGGCCAAACAGACGAUGAAGCUCGCAUAG